CAGUCACCAACUACGCAAUUUGCGUAGAUGGAGUUCUCCGCAGCGCAGAGAACGGAAGCGGAGAGCGUAAACUGCGUCAAGAAUACCGACACAGAAACUCUGAGCGUCCAUGUGAGAGUUAUCUCAGCUCCAUCAGCUCAGAAGUGCAGCAUGAACAUCCUGAGGAACUCGUCAGCAGCUUUUCUCUUUCGUUGUGUGAAAAAAAUACCUGAGAGUGAAAGCAGAGAUGUCCUCGGAGAGACGGAGACAGAAAGGACGAGACGAGACUCUGACAUGUUGUUUCUGCUGAUGGGUUUACUGUGCUGGAGUCAGAGUGAAGGCGGCUGCAGUGAAACCGUGGUGAGUAUUUCUGGAGAUGAUCGGCAGCUUUCAGCUGGAGACGGCUUUAACCUGAGCUGUGAGUUCACCUGUCUAAGAGCCCAUCAUAUUGCACAGCUGUGGUGGAGGAGCCCUCAAGAGGAGAAGGUUUCUCUGGUCAACAUGUCCUCCGUCCUCCCUGAUGUGGUCCUGGUCCUCAGAGUCAGCUCCGCCACAAAGACCCACACGGGUUAUUACUCCUGCAGGACCCAGCCCCCCGAUACUAUCAGCCCUGACGUCCUGAUCCAGAUAACAGAUGACCCGAGCACGCCCGCCCUGACCACGCCCACUCUGGCCACGCCCACCCUGACCACGCCCACCCUGACCACGCCCAGCCCUCCCCAGUGUGUCAGCAGCAGCCAGCAGAGCACUGCAGCAGGUCUGCAGGGUCAGAUGUGGAUCUGGGUCCUGCUGGGGAAAACUCUGGUUCUCCUCCUCAGUUUGAUCUGUCUGUCUGUAAACUACAACCGAGGAUGA